GGUUGGGACGGCCUGAGCCGCUGGUCCUACCGUGAGAUGUUUCAAAGCCUCAUUAAAAAUGUUUGGGUCCCUAUGAAGCCCUACUACACCCAGGUUUACCAGGAGAUCUGGGUCGGGAUGGGGCUUAUGAGCUUCAUCGUUUACAAAAUCAGGAGUGCUGAUAAAAGAAGUAAAGCUUUGAAAGGUUCGAGCCCGGCACCCGCUCAUGGCCGUCACUAACCAGCCCUACCUGGGGGGCUCGUCAGACGGACA